AUGGCGGGCGGUGCGUGGCGUCGGAGUGCGGCCCGCGCUCGCACGCUACGGAAUCUAUUACGAGACACAACACGAGCGUUACAAGAGAUACAGGAUGUUCUGACUGUCGACCCAGAAGUGGAACUCACCAUUCAAGACAUCACCUCCCAGUCUUCGCGGCCCACAGCGCUAGUGGUGAUGGGUUGUUCACCAAGUGCCAGGGCCAGGUUACUGAACUGUUUGUUGGGUAGAAGGCUCCUACCUGAAAAUCUUCCCCGAGGAUCUAAAUGGUUACAUAUACAAUACGGUGCUACCACUCAAGUACACUUGACUGUCGGUAACUCUGAAUUCGAGCUUGUUGAGGUCUUGGAGUGCAAUCAGGGACCAUGGGAUACUUUACCUGUACAGGACAUCGCUCGCCAAGAUCACACAGACUUAGGGACCAUGCUUGAAGUGGAAAUAAACAAUUCCUUCCUAAAAGAUGGUCUAAAAAUUAUCGUCCCACCAGACAUUAUAGAUCCCGGGAUAUCUGAUUACGCGACUUUAAAACAUUUAAAUGCAGACUUGUACCAAAGGAGAGAAACAAUACUAAAGUCUUAUAGUCCAGUAUAUUUGUACGCGUUGGACAAAUUCGGUAGAAACAUAUUCAACGAUAAUAUCUGUAAUAAGAUGAACUCUUCGAGGAAUGAAGAUGACUUCUGGUCGACCUUCAACCUUUAUUAUAUGUUGAACAAUGAAAAGGUCGAGAAAAAGGUGGAUAUUUCGGAAGAUCUUUGGAAAGAAGCUGCUGAUUCUGUUUUCACUGCUGAGAACUGCCUUGAUCUCCAUCAAAUUAAGGACAUAGACGGCAGUUCUCAAGUCUUCUUCGUUCUCUUCUCGGACAGCAGAGCAGAAGAGAAGCUAAGAGAACCACAGAGUGAUGCGACGGAAUCUACUGAGUCAGUUUACAAUAGUGAAGAGUUACCAGAAUCUGAUCAACUGAUGAAAGUUAUUGGCCCGGAGUGUUCCGUGCGACGGCUUCAUGAAGAACACACAGCCUUUAUGAACGAUCUUCUCGAUCAGUGGGAGCUCAUCACCAGUCCGCCAAAAAAACACCACGUAAAGAGCCAAUGGACCAUUCUAGACGACAAAGAACUGUUCAGGACCGUCGAUAAAGAAGACAAUAAGAGGAAGAAAGAAGAUAACGACAGAACUGUAAAGAAUAGAAGUAAUUUACUUAACUUGAUACUCAAGUUCGCGACCGAGACUUGUCAGAGUUAUUUGUUGGAUCAAUGUACUAGGCUGAGUGAGCUGCACGUGAAGCUACUCCAGCAGUUCAUCCUAGCGUCGUUCGACCUGGCUCGUGAGCUGCAGGUGGUGCCUCGCAAGAUACAGUACGUGGCUCAGCAGGAGCAACAGCUGUACGAGACUAUAAAUGAUAAAUUCUCCCAAGGCGAUAAAAAGAGAGAGUUGGUUCAAAUGAUGCAGGAAGUGUUGGACGAAAUACAAACAGACAUCAACAACAUGGACUGGAGCGUCGAUGAUCUUCCCUGUCAUCAAGACAAACGCUUCACUCUAUCCAGUUCGAUUUUCCAUUCAACUAGAAGCAGGUCUCUAUCAAUAAGAUUAACAGAAGUAGUUCAGCCCUCAGACCUCAUAGUACCAGAUGUUCCAGAAGUUUCUUCGGAUGCCGAAGAGGCUGUGUCCUAUGAUAGCUAUAACUUCGAUGACUUCGAAAUCAUUCAUUCAAAUGAAGAAAAUCCUAGUAGCGAGUGGAGUCGGAUGUCACCGUCAAGUUGUACGUCAUCGUGUGCUCGUGUGUCAACUAAACAAGCAGCGUUGGAUGUACAACAUACUGUUCUUUCAAGACUGAGUCAGAAAAUAAGUUUGAAGCUAGUGAAAUUUGUUGACUGUUUGAAGGUUAGCUACUUUGGAACUUUACAGAGAUGUCUGGAGUCUUUAGAGAGUUCGUGUCGUAGUGAGCUGGGAGGUCGUCCAGCUAGUGAGGCGAUGUUACAGCUGCUGUCUGUAGCUCGUGAUGUGGACCUCGGGCCGUGCGCCUCCGUAUCAGCCUUAAGAGACCUAUUAGACUCGCUGAGGAGAUUGUUUAGUCGUCUUCGUCUAUCAGCUGCUCCCGAGGCAGAGUGUUGUGCUCUAAGUGCUGGUUGGAGACGUCGCGCUGCGUCGAGAGCGGCGCGGAGACUGGACACACACACACUCGCACGGAUCAUAUCGGAACAGAUAUUAGAGAGACUGAGCGUAGCCCACGAGCGGUACCAGUCAGCGCUGAACUCGCUGGAGACAGCGCUGGCCAGCCGCUUACAUCACACCGAGGACGUGAAACUUGCGAUACGGAAGAAGUUCGCUCCAUCGUUCGCCCGCCUGUGUCUAGAGAGUACGUCCAUGUGUGACCUGCUGAUGUAUGGAAUGCCGGAGCUCGGCAGAGAGAUCGGUCGAGGUCAAUACGGCGUGGUGUACGCCGUGAGAGGUUCGUGGGCGGGUCACAGUCCCGCUGCUGUGAAGUCAGUCCUACCUGCUGACACUAGGCACUACCGGGAAUUAGCUAUGGAGUUCUUCUAUACUAGGUCUAUUCCGUCUCACCCUCGCAUCGUCCGUCUACUCGGGUCGUUAGUUCAGCGCGGCUCGUCUCCGUGCGUGUUGCUCGUGUCUCAAAGGUUCACUAGGGACCUGCACGCGGCUGUUAGACACGGCCUGCCCUUUGAAACUAGGAUGAGGAUAGCAUGUGAUAUUGUUGAAGGGAUACGUUACCUUCAUUCCUUAGGUUUAGUACAUCGGGACGUUAAACUGAAGAACGUGUUGUUAGACUCGUGUUGUCGCGCGGCGUUGUCUGACCUCGGUUUCUGUACGGCGGGCGCUUUGUUGUCAGGAUCUGUUGUUGGAACACCAGUACAUAUGGCGCCUGAACUGUUGGCCGGGAACUAUCACUCGGGUGUUGAUGUUUACGCUUUUGGUGUAUUGUUUUGGUAUCUUUGCGCCGGCAACAUCAAACUUCCUUCUGCGUUCGAGGCUUUUCAAAAUAAAGAACAGUUGUGGAGCAAAGUCAAGAGAGGUCUACGACCGGAACGCCUUCCUUACUUCUCUGACGCUUGUUGGGAACUGAUGCAGUCUUGUUGGGCAUCCGAGCCUGAACAACGAGCGUUACUUGGAGACGUACAACCGAAACUUGAAAUGAUAUUGGAAGAAGCUAAGGAGAGGGGGGAGGGAAUUACCAGGGAAAAGGAAUUAGGGCAGAGAUAUGAGGAGGGGGAAGAUAGUCUGGAUAUGACAGGGUUAGAUUAA